AUGGUCGGUAUUGAUCCAGCAGCCAUUCCAAAGGAGCAGUUCCACUCAGAAUGUUUGCCCCCGAUUGAAGCCUCAGACCUUCUUUCCUAUUUAGUUCUUGAGACAAGUUAUUCUACAAAUAAGCAGUUUAAAGCUUUCAAAAGUCUUAAAGCAUACAAGCAAGCGGUGUCCGGCUUCAUAAUAUCAGUUCAAGGAGCAGAGAUUCGCAACAAGAUUGUUGUUGUGGCGAAGGUGAGAAAUUUGCAACAGAUGAACAAUCCUCUGAUAGACAUUUGGAUCAUCCCAGAAAGAGAUGUUAACACUAAAGCUACCAGACAUGGUCAGAGGCACGAAAGUGAUGCUGCAAAUGCAUACGAAGCUGCUGUAAAAUCUGGUCAUGUGAACUUAGCUGUUAAGAAGUGUGGCUUGUUUAUUUACAAACAACAUGAAUUUCUUCAUGCCACUCCUGAUUUUCUAGUUUCAUGUGUCUGUUAUGGCACUGGAUGCGGUGAAGUGAAGUGCCCGAGUAUAAUCAAAGAUGGCAACUUUGAGAACUUUGCUUAGCACAAGAAUUCCUGCUUAGAAAAAGUGAAAGGACAUUUACAGCUCAGAAAAAGUCACAGCGACUACUAUCAGGUGCAGCAGCAGCUUUUCUCUGUGCCUGGAAUCAAGUAUUGUGAGUUUCUGGUU